UCCCGCCUCUCCUCCUUGUUUGAGCUCUCGUGUUCUCUGUAGUUCUGGAAGCUUCCAGACCUUUCUGUGGGUUUUCUGUACAGCCGAUUUGUUUCGUUCCUCGUUUCUGUUGUUGAGGUCUGUCCUAGAGUUCUGGCUACAGCUUUGUUUGAGAUCUGGUAGUGGUUGCCGAGUAUGGGGAAUCGGAGAUUUACGCUAGCUGUUCCCCCGUUCUCGAUUUCUAAUGAUGAUACAGAGAUUCAUGUGACCAAUUCUAAGCAGCUGAGUAAGAACUCACCGUCUCCUAUGAGAUCUUCUCCAAGGAUCAUCAGAAGGAUUGAUCAUGAAAGGGAGGAGGUAGAGUUAGAGGACUGGUUGAACUUUGACAAAUUUCCACCACUUACACCUGGGCAAGGUAAGCCACUGAUUUCAUUCGGGUUGCCAAAACAUUCUCAACCAACAGAGGAAACAAGACAGGGGCGUUUGCAUGAUCAGAGACCUCCACCUGUAGUAGCAAUUGGUUCUAACUCUAUAUUAGUUGGAGAUCUUCCAAUUCAGUUCAGGUGGAAUAGCAAAGCUAGAGAUGAGAAGGAUGAGGAUAAGUCAAAGUUGCCAGUGCUUCCCAGGAUGAAGGCUCUCGUGUGUUCAGAGGUUCAUUCAGGACAUGAAGCAGAGGAUGGAAAAAUUGGGGGUACUGUGUCAAGAGCUAGUUGGGCCAGGGAAAAGGCACUGAGACAUGGGCCGGAUGCUGGCCUUUCUAUAGAAGACCUUUUCCAGCAUUCCUACUGCCCCAGCACCAGCCAUCCUCCCGACACCAAAGCAAAACCCUCACACACAACAAGAUGGUUCUGGAUUCCUUCGGCUAGGGUUUGGGACCCGACGGCGGAGCGAUUUCCGGCUACACCGCAAGAGAUCUGGAAGUUUGGGAAACAGGCUAAACAUCUCCGUCGAGUUUCCCCUCGAAUUCUUGACGGGAGAUCGUUCAUUGAGGUGGUUGCAAACAAGAUGGACAGGAAAGGAUACCAAGGGAGGGAGGUUAGAGAAGGGGAUAGAUACAGAGAAGGUCGAUUCCAAGAGCCAGAGCGUCAAAGCAGAGAGGGUUUCCAGGAGACUCGUGAUCUGAGAGGUGGAUACCCAAAUCAAACUCGCGAGGGCUUCCAGGGACGAGAUGGUCGUGUGUUUCGUAGCUAUCAAGAUCAGCCCAGAGGUCAGUCGCGUGGGUGGGAUCAAGGUGGUGGUCAGAAUCGAAAGAGAGAAGGAGAUCGUCAAGAAGUCAGGGAUGUGAGGCGUAUGACAGAGGAAGAUUUGAGGCACAAGCUCGAAGAGCGCAAGAAGGGCGAACAACAAUCUCAACACCAGCAACACUGGGAUUCAGGUCAGUCUGCUAGUAUGUCUAUCAGAUGCUUUAACUGCAACGAUCUUGGCCACCAUAUCUCUACUUGCAAGAAGCCACCGUUCUGUUAUAGUUGUAGAGCCUCAGGACAUAAGUCAACAAAUUGUCCUAGUACUCGUGCAAACAAAGGUCUCACGCUGUGUGCUAUGGGUAUGCCGGGCCAGCUGUUUUAUGCUUUGAAUAUUCCUGAGAUCAAACCAGAGGAGAAAGAAAUAGCUGAUGAGUCAAUUAGAGCUCUUGUUUCUGUUCUAGAGGGAAGGGGGACAAAAUUCAGAAUUAAAACAGAACUUCAGUACCUAGUUGAUUCAGAAUGGAAUUGGGAUGUCAAGCGUAUAUCAGGAAGUGAGUUCAUUGUUAGCAUUCCUUCUAAACCUGUUAUGAACUUGCUGACUAAGAUGCAGAAAAUUAAGUUUAUCACUUCUGACAUGGUGGCAGUAAUAGAGGAGACUGAUAGAGAGCCUGAUACAUUCCAGACUCUUCAGACAGUGUGGGUUAGAGCUAUGGGUAUUCCUAAUGUUGCCAGAACUGAGUUUGCUGUUUUAGAGUUGGCCAAAUUGGUAGGAUUUCCAGAAGAAGUACAUAUACCUUCUCUGCAGUGGAAAGCUGUGUGGGUUAAGGUUUCAUGCAAAGACCCCUAUAAGAUUGGUGGUGCAUCAGAAGUGUUUAUUAACAAGAAGGGCAAGAAAAUAUCAUGGUUUUAUUCUGAUAAGCUGCCACAACAUCCUCCUACGAAGCCUGAUGAUGAUGAUUUUGAUAUAAAUGAUGGGGAGGUGACAGAUGAAGAAGAUCCUGAAUCUCAGGAAAGCCAUGGCUGGCUUGAGACUGGAAAGUCUCCACCAAAGGGGCCUACUUCUCAUGGAGCUGGUCCUUCAAAUUAUCAGGGCAGACAAUCAAGUAAUCUGGAUAAUGACAGAAAUGGAGCAGGGGGGUCUAAUGAAACCAGUAGGACAGUUGCUGAGGAUGACAGCAAAAAGGACUUGAUACAGGAGAUUACUGAUUUGGCAGAAAACAUGCAAGUGAGAUCAACCAUUAAAAAUUAUUCUGAUCAAAGGGAAUUGCUCGCAGAUCUAGGCUUUAUGGAGAUUAGUGAGGAAAUGCCAGUUGAGAGUAACAAAAAUUAUGCUGUGCCAACAGAAAAGUUGACCCCUGAAGUUUUUUCAACACAGGAGAACCUCUCAGGGCAAUCAGAUGAGCCUGAGUUGAAUGAGGAUAAGAAUAAUGAUCAUGAAGUAGAGGUAGUUACUUCUAAGUCCAAGUGUGCAGAGGGGACAGUUCCAGUGUCUGCUAAAUCAACCAGCAUUCUUAUUGAUACUAUCAGGCAUAGUUCAAGACUGAAGGAGGAUGGGACCACAAUGAUGGCGAAAGCAAUGAACAAAAAAGCCUCAGCUGCAUCUAAAGGUGCGGUAAAGAUGAGAAAGCCUGGUAAGAGAAGCAGGGAGAGGGAUGCAUAUUUCUAUUCGGAUCACAAUGAUGAGAAGGACAAGUAUUUCUUCAAGGUUCUGGUUGGUGAUUUUCGUGAACGAUUGGCCGUGCCUGAGAAAUUCGAGCAACAUUUCAGAGGGCUAAUAGGAAACAGAGUUAAGCUAGAAUCACGCUGUGGACACACUUUUGAUGUUGAAGUAGCUAAGAAUCUGGGCAAAGUAGUCCUUCAAACAGGAUGGAAGGAGUUUGUUACUGCCCAUGACUUGAACAUGGGGGACUUCUUGGUUUUCAAGUGCGACAAGACUUCUCGAUUCAAGGUUUUCAUAUUUGAUCUUAGUUGUUGCGAGAAAGUGCCUCCAUGCCUUGUCAAGAGAAAUCAUAUCUGUGGCAGAGAAACAAGGGAAAUGCACAUUGAAAUUUCAAGCAGUUGUGGAGAUCUUCCCAUGAAUGUCACCACUAAUUCAUCAACCUCCCUAUCUGACUCAUCAGGAGAUUCUGUACGUCCAGAAGAUCAGAAAUCACAUUGUGUUCCAGGUUACAUCCUCCCACGAGGAACCUGUCUAACCUGUGUGCAGAUGAAGAAACUGAAAGAGAGAGUCCGAGCUAGUAGUUCUAGGAUCCCCAUCUAUGGAUGCAUCAUCAACAACGGCAAUGUUCAUGGAAGAUCUCAGGCUUUGAACAUACCAAGAGUAUAUGCUGAUGUAUAUCUACCAUUUGAGGACCAAACACUGAUGCUUCGAUGCCGUGGCAAGAGUUGGGAAGUGCGGUGUGUGAUUAAGAAGGACAAAAAAAGAGUCAAAAGGCUUAUGAAAGGGUGGAAACAGUUUGCUCGUGACAACAAGUUGCGGCUGGGAGAUCUCUGCCUCUUUGAGCUACUUGAGAAUACGAAGUACACGAUGAAUGUGCAUGUCAUUCGUGCAAAAUGAAAUUUGGCAAGCAGUUCGUUAACACUGUUGGUUCCACCUUUUGGAGUAUGUUGGUAGCAGAGUGAUAUUAAGGUUUGAGCGCCUAGCUUACCCUGAUGAUAUCUAUGGCUUGUCCAUCCUCUGAAUGGGCAAUUGGUUACCUCAUGUUCUUGCCUAAUUAAGUUCAGACCGUUUCUCUUGCAAUCCAUCUAUCUAUGUUUCUGUUUCUGCUGUGAUGUAAUUAGCUACUGCAACAACGUCAAGCCAUGACUGUUUCACCUGUAAUCAAUCCAGAUCUUCCUUUCUGCUUU